AUGAAACUCCCCACCCUCGCCACCCUAUCCCUCCUCUUCUCAUUCACCACCUCCAGCUCCACCAUUCCCCGAUCCACCAGCCCCAAAUCCAACGCAAUCACCCCCUACAACGACACCAUCAUCUUUACCCCACCCACCAAUUACACCAUUCCACGGACUCUCUACGCCCGCACCCUCGAGCUCCCCUCAGGCGUCCUUCUCGCAACGUGGGAAAACUACUCCCCCUCAAGCGAAGGACUGGUCUAUUUCCCCAUCUUCCGCAGCGACAACCACGGGGCCUCAUGGAGCGAGAUCUCGCGCGUCGAAGACACGCACAACAAGUACGGGCUGCGGUACCAGCCGUUCCUGUAUUACUUGUCUGAGCGGAUCGGGGACUUCGAUGCCGGGACGAUUCUCAUCGCGGGGAAUAGCAUCCCGGCGGAUUUGUCGUCGACGGAGAUAGAUCUGUAUGCGUCACGCGAUAGCGGACAGACUUGGGAGUUUGUGUCGGAGAUUGCAAAGGGGGGUGAGGCGGAGCCGGAUGAUGGGUUGACGCCGGUGUGGGAGCCGUUUUUGCUCGUCAACGAUGGGAAGUUGAUCUGCUAUUAUUCUGAUCAACGCGAUAACGCCACCUACGGCCAGAAACUCGUGCAUCAGGUUUCGACGGAUCUGCUUACGUGGGGAGAUGUCGUGACGGACGUCGCCUAUCCAACCUACACCGACCGCCCCGGCAUGCCUACCCUCGCCCAACUCCCCAACGGCGCCUAUAUCUACACCUACGAAUACGGCUCGUACUUCAGCACAACCACCUACACCUUCCCCGUGUACUUCCGCAUCGCCAGCAACCCCGAAGACAUUGCGUCCGCGCCGGGCCAGCGCCUCGUCGUGAGCGACGGCACCGAGCCGACAUCCUCGCCGUACGUCGUCUGGUCCGCCCAGGGAGGCGAACACGGGACCAUCAUCGUGAGCUGUGGCUCGUAUAGCUCUGUCUUCGUGAAUACGGAGUUGGGCGAUGGCGAGUGGACGGAGGUUGCGACGCCGGAGUCGGCGAGCUAUUCGAGGAGUUUGAGGGUGUUGAGUGAGGCGGAUGGCGAUUAUUUGGUUCUGGCGGGUGGUGGGCCGCUGGGCGGGGAUAGUAAUCAGGUUACGGCUAGUUUGGUGGAUUUGACGGAGUUGUUGUAG